AUGGCAGAACGGCCAGAACGCGACGAGAGCAUCGUCGACCUGCUCGCCGACUUGGAAAACGCUGCUUCGAUACCUGCAAAGCAGAGAGCCGUCAAGGUUUCAGGCGUCGUGGAAAGGGUCUGCUCGUACGCAUAUGAACAUGGCCUCCCCAAUGCAUCCCUGGAUCAGCUUGUCGACAUUAUCACUCGACCCCAUCAACUCGACCAAGGGAGCCUUGGCAGCCUGAUCAGGAAUCUGUAUCCCGCGAGCAAAGUUCCAGAUGGCAUCGUUGUCAAGGUUCUCAGCAGCCUCGGUCAUGGUAGGGCCAAACCUUCCUAUUCAACCCAAGCAGCCCUGUUAAAGUGGUUGGUCAUGGUUUAUGAUGUCCUCGAAAACCAGAGAGUAUUAUCACGUCUCUACAGUGUCCUGUUUAAUCUCCUUGAUACCAUUGCCAUUAGACCCCAAUUAUGUCACGUGCUAUCCCUGAUCACACGGCGCAAGCAUGUCAGGCCAUUCAGGAUUCAAGUACUCAUGGAGUUGACACGGCAGGCGGGGAACGACCCACCCCUUGUUGGACUGAUGAGGGUCUACAAGGACUAUUAUCCAGAUGUGAUUGUAGGUGAGGUGACUUCUGGACGGGCGUCAGUAUUCACGCAUCCAAACCAUGAAUGGCGUCAAAGACUUGGGGAAAUACAAGAGACCCACCUGAAGAAAACACAAGACACUCUACCGCCUGAACAGCGGAGUUUCAGGGUCACUCGGAGAACAGCGAGAGGAAAGCAUAGCACAUCUUCUCUGAUACCAGAAGUGCACACCUCGCAUGCUCAGGAGUCGUCCGUCACUCUAGAGGAGAUUGAAAAUGUGAGCGAUUUUGUGCGGCACCUUGAGAGGAUCGAGUUGCCGAAUCAAUUGGUGGCAGCUAUAGGUGAUCCUCUAUUACAGAAGUUCCUACAGCUUAAAUCCUCAGAAAGCACCGCGCGGCGGAUCGACAACUGGCUGUUAGCAUUCUUCGAGGAUCAGCUGGAAAAUCCAAGUUCGGCUGAGGGCAACAUUCUGGACAUGCUUGAAGCAAUUCGAGAGUACACACGAUAUACAAAGCGACUGCCGCCGGCUUGUUUAACAUACCUCAAGUCCAUGAUUUCUUCUUGGGAUGGUUCCACAGGUCGACAGAUCAUUCUCGAUCUUCUAGCUUAUGUUCCUAUAGGUCCAUUUGAAGAACUUUACCAGAGUCUUUUUGAACCACUCGAAGAGGCUAUCUUGGACAAUUCGACCGAGUCAAAACUUGCUAUCCUUACCUUCUAUACUAAUAUUCUUCGCCAGUGGACAACAUCUCUCAUCUCCCAAGAUCAACAGUCCCCCCAAGACGGGCCGGCUAUCAGUUCUCUGAUAGACCACGCCAACGUCCUCGCCCUCACCAUUCUCCAAAGCUCCUUAACCAUCACCACUUGCUCAACAGUCCUCACUUUCUACGAGACCAUCGCGUCUCUCCUUUCCCAUCCCGAAGCAAGCGCUACAGCCCGCAUCAUCAUCCCCCCCACCGAAUUGAUCUACACCCUCUUCUUCACCCCCUCCCUCAGCACGCUCAGCCGCCUCUGCUCCAUCCUCGCCUUCUACAAGCGCGCCUUCGAACACGCCAUGUCCUCCACCAAGUCCCCCGUCCCCGAUCCCCCGCCCUACCCCCGCGAAUACGUCAACCAUUUCAACGGCUUCCUCAUGGACAUCUGCAACUGCAUCUGGCGGUCUCGCGCCUUCAACACGUCGGAUACCAACGCUCUCGGCUGCCUCCUGCCCGCGCCCACCACCGCCCUCCUCGCGCGCUACGUCGCCGGCCUCGACACCUCGCUCUCCCUCCCGGCCCUGUUCAGCCUCUCCUUCUCCCCCGUCCUCUGCCGUCCCGCCAUCGCCUACGUGCGCGAGCUCGAGGAUCAGGCGGACCCGAGCACCAUCGAGGUCCGCCAUGCGGGCCCCGUGACCCAGGCCUCGUUGAGGCAGCUCGAGCGCGAUGCCGGCCUGAGGCUGUCGUGGGCCGAUUAUCGACUGGGCGUGUUGCGGCACCUGGAGAAGAGCGGCGUCGUUGGCGUGGGGGAGUUGAUGUACAAUACUAUGAAACACUUGAUGACUGCGAGGGAGAACAUGGCUUAG